GCAGGUCAGCAGCGCUCCAUGUUGCGGCGCUGCGUGGCACUGGGCACCGACUGGCUCUGACUGCACCACACACACAUGACUUCAGUUGUGAAUGGCCCCGGCACUCGGCACAUUUGGCGGGCGGGAAGAAGCAGCCGUCAGUCCGGGCAGAGCUACCUGCUGCAGACCGUGCUUGCGCCGCGUACACCCAUGGGUGUCGCUACUGUGACCGUCUCCUGCGUUUGGACUGAAUGUGGCAGCCGCGUUGAUCGGUGCAGUUAUUUUCAGAGUCGAGCUAUUUCGGAGCGAUUGGAAACGUGCAGACUGCUCGGGUGAUUUGGAUUGAGGAGCCGCACGGAGCGCUGCAGCAGACACGGUACAGCACCGGAGCCGCAGCAGCAGCAACAGCAGCAGCAGCAGAGGAGGCACGGGUGUGAUGCCAAAAACUGGCCAGAAAAACAAAGGUUCAAGUCAAGGAAAGAGAACUGUUGGGUGUCCCCUCUGGAGAGGGAUCGGGACUGUGGUUUAGCCCAGCGAAAUGUAGCGCCUCACUGCCCUCAAAGCCGGAUUUGGAGACCUGCCUGCUGUCUACUCAUGAUUUCUCUGUAGUCUAGUCCAGGGCAUCUGCUGCAGUCAUGUUUAGGAACAGCUUGAAGAUGUUGCUGACGGGAGGGAAGGCCAACCGCAAGAGUCGCAGCAGUGAUGGUGGGAGCGAGGACUUGGCAGACCCCCGCUCACCCAGUCUAGACCCUCACCUGAGCCACGUUGGCCAAGGUGGCAGCAUAGACAGCGACUGUGCCUUUGAAGGAGACUACGCCGUGCCCCCGCUCUCGAUGACCGAGGGCAUGCAGCACAUUCGCAUAAUGGAGGGCGUGUCACGCUCGCUGCCCUCCUCCCCGCUGCUCACCCACCAGACCAUCAGUGUCAGGCUGCAGCCCGUGAAGAAGCUCACAGCCCCUCUGCGGAAAGCAAAGUUUGUGGAGAGCCCUCGCAUUCCACAAUCAGAGCUUGGCUCCCCUACACACACCUCCACCACUGCCAAGAAUCCAGACCUGGACACAUACUGCCCUGGGGAGUCAAGCCAGGAGCUGGGCCCCCCUCCGUCGGUGGAUGAGGCAGCCAACACAUUGAUGACGCGCCUGGGUUUCCUUCUGGGAGACAAAGUGAGCGAGGGGCCAGCCGGUACCCAGUACAGCAUGGAGGAACCCGAGGCGAGACAGGGCCAGAACCAGAGGAUCAGCCCGUGCUCCACCCUGACCAGCAGUACUGCCUCACCCCCUGCAGGCAGCCCCUGCUCCACCCUCCCUCCUGCCAUGCCUGGCCAGGCCGGCAACAAGGACUGCGCCUACGGCUCUGUCACCAGUCCCACCUCGACACUGGAGAGCAGGGACAGCGGGAUUAUCGCCACACUGACCAGCUACUCGGAGAACAUGGAGCGAGGCGGAAAAUACGGCGAGGGCUCCCGGGGAAACCUGAAGCUGUGGCAGUCCCAGAAAUCAGGCAUGGACUCGUUCCUGUACAGGGUGGAUGAAAACAUGACCGCCUCCACCUACAGCCUCAACAAAAUCCCUGAGCGCAACCUGGAGAGCAUGUCCUCCCACUCUGCCCACUCCAUCCCUCUGUACCUCAUGCCCCGCCCUAACUCUGUGGCUGCCACCAGUUCAGCCCACCUGGAGGACCUGGCAUACCUGGAUGAGCAGAGACACACUCCAUUACGCACCUCGCUGCGCAUGCCCCGACAGAGCACCACCUGCGGGCCGGGUCGCUCCGGGCAGGACCUGAGAGCUUCCGCUAAUAACACCCAUGCCUGGCAAUCCCAGUCACUGCGUUUUGCACCCUAUCGGCCUCAAGACAUCGCCCUCAAGCCUCUGCUGUUUGAGGUGCCGAGCAUCACCAUGGACUCCGUCUUCACGGGCCGCGAGUGGCUCUUCCAGGAGAUCGAUGCCCACCUCAACAGCCCCAAUGCCAGCACCAACCGCGGCGUGGCGGUCGUUGGCAACAUCGGCUUCGGCAAGACCGCGAUAAUCUCUCGCCUGGUGGCACUGAGCUGCCACGGCACCCGCAUGAGACAGAUCGCCUCCGACAGCCCUCAGGCCUCACCCAAACAUGGAGAGGGGCUCCCUCUCACUCAGCCCCAGCCCACGCAUGGCACCCUGGGAGGAGGCAGCUGUCCCGGGACCCCAGAGAUGAGGCGACGUCAGGAAGAAGCCAUGAGGAGGCUGGCGUCUCAGGUGGUGGCGUACCACUACUGCCAGGCAGAUAACGCCUACACCUGCUUGGUGCCGGAGUUUGUGCACAACGUGGCGGCUCUGCUGUGCCGCUCGCCGCACCUUGUCGCCUACAGGGAGCAGCUGCUGAGGGAGCCGCACCUACAGAGCAUCCUCAGUCUACGCUCCUGCGUCCAGGACCCGCUGGCCUCCUUCAGGAGGGGCGUCCUAGAGCCCCUGGAUGCACUUUACAAAGAGAGGAAGAUCAGCUCUGAGGAGGACCUCAUCAUCCUCAUAGAUGGUCUGAAUGAAGCAGAGUUCCACAAGCCAGACUACGGAGACACCAUCGUGUCCUUCCUCACUAAAACCAUCAACAAGUUCCCUCCCUGGCUCAAACUGGUCGUCACAGUCAGAACCACGUUACAGGAGAUCACCAACGCGCUGCCGUUCCACCGUAUCUCUCUGGACAGCCUGGAGGAGAACGACGCCAUAGACCAGGACCUGCAGGGCUACAUCCUGCACCGCAUCCACAGCAGCCCGGAGAUCCAGAACAACAUCUCGCUCAACGGCAAGAUGGACAACACCACCUUCGGCAAGCUCAGCGCCCACCUCAAGGCCCUGAGCCAGGGCUCCUACCUGUACCUCAAGCUCACCUUUGACCUCAUCGAGAAAGGCUACCUUGUCCUCAAAAGCUCCAGCUAUAAGGUGGUUCCAGUCAACCUGGCAGAGGUGUACCUGCUGCAGUGCAACAUGCGCUUCCCCACGCAGUCAUCGUUCGAGCGGGCGCUUCCUCUGCUUAACGUGGCCGUGGCCUCCCUUCAUCCGCUGACCGAUGAGCAGAUAUAUCAGGCCAUCAACGCUGGCUCGCUGCAGGGCACACUAGACUGGGAAGACUUCCAGCAACGUGUAGACAACCUGUCGGUCUUCCUGGUGAAGAGGAGGGACGGUACCAGGAUGUUUGUUCACCCGUCCUUCAGGGAGUGGCUGAUCUGGAGAGAAGAAGGAGAAAAGACAAAGUUCCUCUGUGAUCCGAGGAGCGGUCACACCCUGCUGGCCUUCUGGUUCUCUCGGCAGGAGAACAAGCUGAACAGACAGCAGACUAUUGAGCUGGGCCAUCACAUCCUCAAAGCACAUAUCUUCAAGGGCCUCAGCAAGAAAGUCGGGGUUUCCUCAUCCAUCUUGCAAGGCCUGUGGGUAUCCUACAGCACAGAGGGCCUUUCAGCUGCACUUUCUUCACUCCGAAACCUCUACACUCCCAACAUCAAGGUGAGCCGGCUGCUGAUGAUGGGCGGUGCCAAUGUGAACUACCGCACAGAGGUGCUGAACAACGCCCCCGUGCUGUGUGUCCACUCCCACCUGGGCUACAUGGACAUGGUGGCUCUGCUGCUCGAGUUUGGCGCCUCUGUCGACGCUCCGUCAGAGAGUGGCCUCACGCCGCUGGGCUAUGCCGCGGCUGGGGGACACAUGGCCAUUGUGACAGCGCUUUGCCGCAAGAGAGCGAAGGUGGACCACCUGGAUAAGAACGGCCAGUGUGCCCUGGUUCACGCGGCCUUGAGGGGCCACAUGGAGGUGGUGAAGUACCUCAUCCAGUGUGACUGGUGCAUGGGGUCGCAGCAGCAGCAGUCGCCUCAAACCCAACAACAGGCGUCCUUCACCAAGAGCCACGCAGUCCAGCAGGCCCUCAUCGCUGCAGCCAGUAUGGGAUACACAGAGAUUGUGUCCUACCUGCUGGACCUGCCUGAGAAAGAUGAAGAGGAGGUGGAGCGUGCUCAAAUCAAUAACUUUGACACCCUGUGGGGGGAGACAGCUCUGACCGCAGCCUCCGGUCGGGGGAAGCUGGAGGUCUGUCGUCUGUUACUGGAGCAGGGGGCGGCCGUGGCUCAGCCCAACAGACGAGGCAUCGUUCCGCUGUUUAGCGCCGUCCGACAGGGACACUGGCAGAUCGUGGACCUCCUCCUCACACAUGGCGCAGAUGUCAACCUGGCUGACAAGCAGGGUCGCACUCCUCUAAUGAUGGCCGCCUCGGAGGGACACCUGGGGACUGUGGAGUUUUUACUAUCUCAAGGAGCCUCUCUGUCUCUGAUGGAUAAGGAGGGUCUGACCGCUCUGAGCUGGGCCUGUCUCAAAGGACACUUACCUGUCGUGCGCUGCCUGGUGGAGAGCGGAGCCGCCACCGACCACGCUGACAAGAACGGACGCACGCCCCUCGACCUGGCUGCCUUCUACGGCGACUCUGAAGUGGUCCAGUUCUUGGUUGACCACGGCGCCAUGAUAGAGCACGUAGACUACAGCGGGAUGCGUCCUCUGGACAGGGCGGUGGGCUGCAGAAACACGUCGGUGGUGGUCGCCCUGCUCAAGAAAGGAGCCAAGAUAGGAUGUCAGACGCUGCCCAGUCGGCCCCGAGGUCCAGCCACGUGGGCCAUGGCCACCUCCAAACCCGACAUCAUGAUCAUCUUACUCAGCAAACUCAUCGAGGAGGGGGACAGUUUCUACAAGAAGGGGAAGGUGAAGGAGGCAGCACAGCGUUAUCAAUAUGCCCUCAAAAAGUUUCCACGCGAAGGCUUCAGCGAGGACCUCAAGACAUUCAGGGAACUCAAAGUAUCGCUCUUCCUCAACUUGUCCCGAUGUCGGAGGAAAAUGAACGACUUUGGGAUGGCUGAGGAAUUUGCUACCAAGGCACUCGAACUGAAACCAAAAUCAUAUGAGGCAUACUAUGCCAGAGCACGCGCCAAGCGUAGCAGCAGACAAUUUCCUGAAGCCUUAGAGGACCUGAAUGAAGCCAUGAAGCAGUGCCCCAACAACCGAGAGAUCCAGCGGCUGCUCCAGAGGGUGGAGGAGGAGUAUCACCAGCUCAACCAGGAGGAGCACCAGCAGCAGGACCUGGAGCUGGAGCCUCCUCCCUCCCCUCCUCCUACACCUCCCCCAGAAGACGAGGAGUCCCUGUCCCUGUCCAUGCCUCUCCCCCCUCCCCCAGAGCCCCGUCUGGAGGACAUGGAGCCCGUCCAGGACCUGUUUGAGGACGAGGACUACCUGGAGCAAGAGCUGGAGGCCAUGUCUGUGGGUCUGCCCCCACCCGAGUCUCUCACCAACCCCUCCAGCCUUCCCAUCAUCCAGAGCCCGCCGCUGUCCCCAACACAUCCAGAUCAGAUCUACUUAGCUGGAGGUUCGCCCAUGGGCCAGCCCUACGAAUAUCACCCCACCUCUUCCUCCAUGUCCUCUCCAACCCGCGGCUCGUACCAGCCCACAUCGCCCUCCCUCUCCCCGACGCAUCAGAAUCACUAUCGACACAGCCCGCCUCAUACCUCCCCGGUGCACCAGUCGUCCUACGGCUUCAGCCCGCCUUCUAUGGGUAGUGGAGGUCAGGGGAUGGAUCACCAGAGCCCACCGCCUUCUCCUUUACGUCGGGCAGCUCAGUACAGAGCCAGUCCACCAGUAGAGAGUGUUUGUCUGUACAGGUCCCAGUCCGGGUCACCUGUGCGCUACCAGACAGAGCAGCUCCCCGGCCGACCCAAAUCCCCCCUCUCCAAGAUGAGCAGCCAGCGUUCGUUCCAGCUGAGCUCGCAGCAGUCUCUGUCCUCGCAGCACCACCAAGCCCAAGGCCUUCGUCUUCAGCCUUCUAUAGCCCAGAUAGUCCGCACAAACCAGCCCAGCAACGUGAUGGGCAACAGCCUCUACAGCGGCCAGAUGGGACACUCCAUGAGUGGUCGCUACCAGGGGGGUUCGGUGGAUGUCGAGAGCCGGCUGGUGUACCAGCCCUCCUUGGAUGGACGGUCCAUGCCCCAGGUGCAGGCCAGCCUCAGCUCUGGGGCCCUCUGUCAGCACGGCGGCCGAGGAGGGGUUAUGGAGUCGGGCCUGUUGAAGGAUGAGCUACCCCAGCGCCCCUCCUCUGCCUACCGCGCCAGCAGCGGGGGCCCGGGGGGCAUCCGUUACAGCCAGACGCCCCAGAUAAGCCGCAGCCAGUCAGCCGCCUAUUAUCCAGUCUCGGAACACGUACUGGAGCGAGCCAAUGCCAUGCCCCCCUGCCAGCUGGGUUCUCCCGAGAUCCCCCACAUGGUGAGACGCCCCGUCAGUGCCAAUACUACUGAGAUGAAGCAGCACGUGCCCACCCCGAGGCCUCUCAUCCACUCACAGAGCGUAGGCCUUCGAUUCUCCCCGUCCAGCAACAAUAUCUCAACUGGAUCCACCUCCAAUUUAGCGCCGGGUUUCAGGCCGUCCUCUUCCAUUCAGCAGAUGGAGAUCCCCCUGCAAGCCACAUACGAGCGCUCCUGUGAUGACAUCUCCCCAAUCUCUCCCUCUCAAGGCGGCGGGGGGCUGUAUCCAGGCGAGACCACACGCUCUCGGAACACGCCCUUCAUGGGCAUCAUAGACAAGACGGCGCGGACUCAGCAGUACCUGCAUCAGCCCUCGCGGUCCAGGGCCAUGACGUCCAUGGACUCCGCUAUCAGCCCCACCUCGCCUGGCCAGCUGGUCCAGCAAGGCUCCACCUACAGCCCCCCCGCCUCGCUGGGCAACAUCGCCUACUACAACAAGACUAACAACGCCCAGAACGGACACCUGUUGGAGGAGGACUACUACACCCAGACGCAGCCCCCCUCGCUGGGCAAGCUGGCCAACGGCUCCCGCGGCAGUGGAGACAUCCUGGAGCGGGUCAGCCAGGUGCCCACCUAUCCGGAUGUGAAGGUGGCGAGGACUCUGCCCGUGGCACAGGCCUACCAGGACAACAUGUAUCGCCAGCUCUCGCGUGACUCCCGGACCCAAGGCCCCACCUCCCCCAUCAAACCAAAGAGACCAUUUGUGGAGUCAAACGUGUGAUGGCCUGCCUGUGAUUGGUUGGUCGGACUGGGCUUGUCAGUGGGAGUGAGAGGAGGAAAAUAUUUAGCUCGACAGCAGAUGCUGCUGACCCCUUGUGUAUGUGACAUGGACGGACUCAUCUUAAAGAACUCACCAGAGAGAAACCCACUCAGCCGGCACACACACACUUAGGGUAUUAGACAUUAUCUUAUAUGAGAAACAUAACUAACAGUGAAAGCGAUUAUUUCAUUAUCAUAUUCUGCACACAGGUGGGACAGCAGGAGGGUCCUCAGUUCUGAUCUCAUACUGAAUCAAAGACCGGUGCACUUCCAGAAUGUUGUGCGGCACAAAGUUCCCACAGGUGAACACGACAGGUGGGACUGUGAGAGUGAAAGUACUAACCAUCGGACUCGACUCGUGGACUCUGUAUCCAUCUUCUGUUCUUUCAAAGUGUGCUCUUAACCAAGGUUGCUAGUAGGCUCUAUUCUAUGUAAUACAAUAUUAUAUGUUCAAUACUGUACAUUGCUCAGAAAAUACAAAUGGCUCAACAAAACUCAGUACUUAGAGAAAAAUGACAAUAUUUAUAAUUAAGUUAUAUAUUGUACAUAGAAAGAAAACAUAGUUUGCGUUUGAAUUGUAUUCUGUUAACCCUGCCUUUGUGUCCCACUGCUAGUCAUAUGGAUGUGGAAACCGAUCAGGGCGAGGAACGAGGGACAUCGACCAACUUUGAAUGACGUAAUUACCUCUAAUGUGUCGAAAUAAAAAGGAUUCUGUCGUGGUUUAAUGCAAGAAGAUGCUUCCUAUGCUGCAGUAGGUCCUGAAGGACGUAACUAGCAGGUUUAUCGAUUAAUCUGCAAUGUUUUUUCUGUAAAAUAUCGGAAAAUAGAAAAAAUAUGUCCGGUAUAAUUCCCGCAAUCUGAGAGCGGAAGCUUCAAAUGUAAGGUUACCAUCAGAAAGUUUGGCCAGUUUAUUUCCUGUCAACUGAGCUAUAGAUUAAUUAUUUUUAGCUCUACGUUAAUAAACACACGAGAAUUCAGAUCUUACACAAAGUACCACAGAGUGCUUCAAAAGUUUAGCUGGAAUUAAAAUGCUUUUGUCAGAGUUAAAAAUGAUGCUGACACCUAUUUUUGCAUCUUCUUUUGUUCAUUAAAUCAUUUUUUGAAAACUACGUAAAUACGUAAACUAUGAUUUUCUAUAUUUCCUAACUGUAUCACAGACCUCAUGAUAAGCAUUCAUGCAGUGAUACUUAACUUUUUUGUACUCUCAAUGUAAAUAAGGCACCAGAGUGCACAGAAAAGCUUAAAAAUCAAGCUUUAUUUUGGUAAAGUGCCAGGGGAGGAACCUCUAGACCCCCCAGCAGACGUCCGGACUAAGCCCCACCCCUGCGUACACCUGAGCUGUGCUGCGACUGGAUUUGCCUUUUAGCAAAGAAGUAAAGAUGAGUGAGGACAGCAAACAUUAAAAGAUUAAACAGGGCUGCACCAUAUGCAAAAAAACAUAUAUAGUUUUAUUAUUUUGACAGAUACUGCGAUUUGAGUCACAAUUUUAGCGGUAAUAGCAAUUUUUGCAUCUGAUUUUCACUUUUAAAAAAUGAUGUGAUUUUAUGUUCUGGGGUCUGUGCCUAAUAAGCAUGUUCCUUCACAUCUGGAAUAUGAUUACACACACAUUUUACCUUUAUCAAAAAUUGCAGCUCCCAUGAUUCGGAUAUUACACUUGGCAGUAUUGUGAUUUCUAUAAUAUUCCGAUUUAUAAUAAUAAUAAUAAUAAUAAUAAUAAUAAACUACUUAUAAAGCGCUUUUCAAAACAAAGUUACAAAGAGUUUUACACAGUUGAUCCUGCAUUCAAAACAAUGCGGAAUUCAAGCCAAAAAAUGAGGCAAUUUUAAGAAAAUGCAAAAAACAAAAAAUAAAAUAAAAUACCGUCACUGAAGCAGAUAAGCAAAGAUGGCAACUAAUUGCCGUGUGGAUUGUGCUGAGGUACAGCAGAUCAAACAAUCAGAGUAACAUUCAGCCCUAGUUGAAAUCAGGCAAUUCAUUUAUUAUAUAUACUGAUAAAUAUUGUUAAUGUUUAUUUACUGGCCUCCUGUCAUUUUUGCAAAAGUGGCCCUCGGGGAAAGCAAGUUGAGAUUCUCUGCUGUAGUGUCGAGGCUGCAAUCUCUACACGUAGUCUGACAUAUUGGACCUGCUCCCUGUCAGUAAACAACUUUGAAUACUAGCUUGAUCAAACAGGCAGAGCAUCAGUUGCUGUAGCUUUGUACAAGCUCAUAGGAUUGUUUUUGAGUCAACUCAUAGAAGUCAAGUUGAACAAAAAUCUGGUUUGUAGUUUGAAUCUCCAGCUCCAGGAAUCUUGCGGGUCAGAUGAUGAGUGACUUCAUCACGUGGCGCACGAGCAUCAAAGUUCGCCUUUGUCCCUCCUCCGCGGGUGAUUACGCUGCGUGUUCCUAACAGAGAGCGUACAUAUGCUAGUGAUGGGUUAACAUGGAUAGUGCUCAGCGAUUAAAAGCAAGCAAAUGCAUACACGACCACUGUUACAGACGUUUCCCUCUCUCCUGCAUCACCUCAUUUCUUUUUACCCACGAUGCAUUUUUAUUCCGCCACUUCUUCUGCACUAAAAAUGCCUGUUAAGUUCUUAACUAAGGGUGCACUUUAUGUAUUUUACUUACUUUUGUUGUUAACGGUUGUUGAAUCUGGAGAAAGUGGGCGUGUGAUCAGGCAGACCUCCGACCAGUGAGACUAUCAUAGACACUAUUGUUAUGAUUUACAAACGCAGCGAUGAAUGACAAUAUGAAGAGCAAACAAUGUUUUUAAACCGGUGAAGAUGUAUAGACUUUCUAGCACAAGUUGUAUAUACUGACUCAGAUGUUCCACUUCGGGUCCAGCGCGGGUUUGUGAGUGAAGCAAGAUCAUAUUUAAGUAUUCCACAUCAUUAGAAAAUAUCCAUUAAAGUCCUCUAUCUCUAAAGGAGCCAGUCUAAUCCACUGGUCUUGCACACAUCUUGAAAUUAAGUCAAAUCUACUGCAACAAAAAAAAGUGUGACUGAGGUUCAGUGCUCAGAAACUCCAUAUUUGGAGUUUGGGGUGAUCGAGAAAGUGGAAGAAUAUUCAAGUUAUUUGUAUAUGUGGGAAAAGUUACGGACCAUUUGUCUGUAACGUUUUAUUUUGGUUUCUCUGAUAAAGAAUAUCUAAAGAGUUCAUUCUCAGUUUCACCUGCUACCAGAGAGAUGCCCUACUUAUCUUUACAGAAAUGAAGGUAUAAACUGUAUUAUACUUAAUUUAAGAAGACUUCUAGGUUGAGGACAUUCGAGGGUGUAUGGUUUCAAGCUGUCUAUGUAUAUUAGUUUGCUGUAAAUAGUCUGAUGCAUGUUCUAUUCUUUCCAUGAGCUCAAGCGGAAACAUGUAUAGCAGUGUUCUGACUCUGGUGUGCGACACGCGCGACGCUCGGAUCAAGAUAAGGAGACCGCUCUCCCCCCCUGAACUGUCCUUAUCAUUUUCCCUUCGACCUCACCAGACAAAAAGCAAAAGGUUUUCUUUUCUUUUAUUUUAAUGUAUUUGCUUGCUGAGCAGAGUUCUCUUGUCUGUAAAUGUGAGCUUUCAGAUCGCUGUGAUAAAAAGUUUAAUUAAAAACAAUAAAAAAGAAUGUGUUUUUA